CAACCACAACAUAUUAUACUAAAUACUAACACAUCACAGCAAUCUCUGAUCCCGGACCCUCAUCCUUUGUCCCAUAUCCCUCCCGCUUUUCAACCAAUUGCUCACGAUGUCAUUCCAAGCCAAACGCUUCCGACCAACAGUGAACUCCGCCUCCACCCUCGGCGAACGGUUGGGUGCCAAAUAUCGUGCACAUCUCAAAAAACACCCAUUCCUACUCUUCGGUCUGCCUUUUAUUGGCGUCAUGCUAGCCGGGUCCUUCAUCCUCACUCCCGCGACGGCAUUGAGAUACGAGCGCUUCGAUCGGAAAGUCCAGCAAGUGAGUCAGGAAGAGGCGAUGGGGCUGGGCCUGAAGGGACCGGAUGGCGAUGAUGCACAGGUCAAACGGAAUCCACGACGGAGAGUGCUGGGGAGUGAGAAGGAGGAAUAUUAUAAACUCAUGGCCAAGGAUCUUGAUAACUGGGAACAAAAGCGCGUACAGCGAUUCAAAGGCGAACCGGAUGGUAGAUUAUAAGCGAGCAAAAGCUCCAGCAAGCGCAAUCAAUACAAUCCCUACAUCCCUACAUCCACACAUCCUAGGGUACCGGAGGGCUCCUCACCCUCCCCCACUCCACUCAAAAUACAUCCGCCAACACAUCCGCCAACGAACGCAGAACAGGCGCACGGCACUUCUAUUUUGGACCAUGUCUUUUUUUUAUAUAUAAUUAACAUAUUUUCACCAACGAUAUUUUGCCGCAAACCAAAGAACUAUCCCCUUCUCUCACUACAGCAGUCUUCCCGAUCCUGUGUCAACCAACCAACGAGAGCUGAGAAAUCCGGUGAAGCUAUAUUCGCUAGCAGGUGCACAUGCGCGAGUGGAAGAUCCGGAACUUUAUCGCAACCACUUGCAUCGCAGCCAAGGAGCAUAGAGGAAUUGGACAAAAAAAUAAAUAAAAAUAAAAAUAAAAAGGAGAGAGAGAAGGAAAGUGACGGAAAUCAAAGAAAAGACUUAACCCAACCUUUUCAGCCAUUAACAGCCGCUCAUGCCAGAGUGCAACAACCCCUUGCCCCUCCUUCCGAGGAAAAAGUCGCAAUGGGUAAUGUGGGGUAGCUCGUUCAGAUGCAUGGAUUACCUUGCCUCUCUUUCACCCUUCCUUUUUUUAUUAUUAUUUUUUUAUUUUAACAAAACCUAAACAGGGUUGAUUGAACGGGUGGCAGGGAUUCGUGAAUGUCGCUGAACGAGUUUCGCAGAGAGAGAGAGAGAGAGGCAGUUUUCGUGGGUUUGGCAAUAAUAAUGAAUGAUGUACUCCGUACAUGUGCAUGCGCAUGUGCAUGUAAUUAAAUGUACUCUGUACAUCAUUGUGCAUUGUGAUUUGCAUGGUUUAACCGUGAUGUGAUGUGGGCGAGAGCUGCGAUGCAGAUAAUUCCACAACCCACAACCCCCUACUACUCCGUACAAUGAUGACACGACGAUACACGCUAGCGGGUAGGAGGACGAUAAGAGAGAGAGUUCGACAGUAACAGCGGGGGAAAACACAAUGAUUCUCUGGAGAAUUUUUUUUUGGUGUGGUCACAUGAAGAUGAUGGGAUGGAGGUAUUUUAUCUUCUGUGUCUGGUAGAGAUCGAAGGAGUGGAGGAGGAGGGGUAAGGGGAGAAGGAUAAGUUAGUAGUAUAUGAUGGCAGUCAUGGCCCCCCCCCCUUCCACCUCCACCUCGACCUGGUUGAGUAUACACACCUAGGCGCGCAGGCAGGAAGCGAAAGAAACAGGGGGUGGGAUUGAGGCACAGUUCCUUCAACCGCGAUGUACGGGGUAACAUAUCCAUCUGGUGACAUUUUCUUCUUCUUUUUUUUUUUUUUUUUUUUUUUUUUUUUUUUUUUUUUUGGAUUUUUCCCUUUUGGGCGGUUCAUGCAUCAUCGUCGUUCAUUUGUGUUUGUUUGUGCAUUGCAUGAUCCUCAUAUGCAUAUACACAUCUACACAUGACUUAUCCACAUUUUGUUCCAUUUCCAUAGGCUUGGAGGAUUAUGUAUUCAGGGUAUAAUUUAUUUAUUUAUUUCUCCUUUUUUCUUCGCGAAACCAUUGGCUUUCCGAUUCGAUGAAUAUAUUAUAUAUAUAUAAGUAAGGAAGGGAGGGGCCAAGGUUGGGCCGGGACCGUAGUUAGAUAGAACACGUAAUGUACAUGUACCUACUACUAGUUACCGCACGUAGAAAAACCCUGGUUCUGGGGAAAGAAAGAAAGGGCCUAGACAAGUUCAAUGAUCAUAAUCUUUUAAUAAGAGAGUUGAAGUCCAUGUGGUUGCUGUUGAUGUCGGCGGCGAGGGUGGUUGAGGGUUCGAUGAAGCGGGAUGAGGCUCAUGAAUAUUUAACAUACAUAAUAAAUCAUAAUAUAUAGUUUUUGUUCGAAUCUUGCAUCUUUGCAGCAGUUACUGUACAUACAUACAUACAUACAUACAUAUAUAUAUAUAUAUAUAACAUAGCUUGGUUGAACUCAAAAAUGAAUCCCUCUCUGCACAUCGAUUGAAAAGGAACAAACAAAAAACAGUCUAACUGCAAACACCCAAAGAAACCCAAGAACAACCAACCCCAAGGGUUGGUUAACAAUAAUAAUAAACAAUAACAUUCCGAAUGCAACCCAUCGCGCACGGUAUUACCUAUGAUUGACUUUUCCCUGCCCGCUCCCCCGUUCCUCUGCUUCCUCUCCUCUCGGCGCCGUUUCCAUUCCU